AAGCGUAAAAAGAGGAAACAGUUGGAUGGGAACUUUGAAAUCACAUGACUGGUGACUAAGUUGAAUCUUUCCUCCUUGCUGUCGAGUCCGAUGGUCUUCCUUGCGUGUGUAAAGUGUUGGAGAUAUCACAUCAUGUUGCCAUUUAUUCUCUUCUCUACGCUGCUUCCUCCCACAUUUGCCAAAUCUGAGGAACAGUGGUUCUGCAACUCCUCCGACACGACUGUUUCUUACACCUACUGCGAUAACAUGAAAUUCCCCAUUUCGAUUACUUCUGAACCCUGUAUAACAUUGAAGGGAACGAGCGGAUUUGUAUAUGUUAACUUCAUUCCAAGAAGAGACUUAAAAAAAUUAUACUUCAACCUCUCCAUUCAUGUCAACUCUGUAAAGGUGCCGGUACGUGAAGAAGUUAUUUGCCAUGGAUAUGAUGAUGAUUAUUCUUUUUGCAGAGCUCUGAAGGGAGAGACUGUGAAUACAAGAAUACGAUUUUCCUUCAAGGGAAUAAUACUUCCUAAGGGCCGAUACAGGUGCAUUGCAGAAGCCAUUGUAGGGGAUGAUCAAGAAAGGCUGUUCUGUUUGAAUUUUACUAUCAUUCAUGGUACUAAUGUCAAAUAGAAUAAACUCAG